CUGUGCUCGGAACUUUAAACUUUGAUAUCAGACAAUUUGACUUUAUUGGAAAUUUUGUGAAUUAAAUUGCUAAGGAUUCGAAUAAUGUAUGGUAUAGUGAUCUCGUGCCGCGGUACCGGCGCUGCAGACCAGCGACGGCGACGUCGUGCUUUUUCUGCGAGAAGGUGCGCGCGCGCAGACUACGCGCGCCAACGUGAUGGGCGUGUAUGACGCACUGCUGCUGAUGGCAGCACUACCCACACUGGCUGGUCGCGGCUGGUGCUCGGUGGCGAUGGUGGCGGUGGUGGCUCGCUCGUCGCCGGAGUUCACGCCGCAGAGCGUGGCGGUGGUGGCGGCCGUCCACCAGCACGCCACCCUACACUGUGAGAUACAACACUUGGCUGAUAAGUCCGUGUCGUGGGUGCGGUCGCGCGACCUGCAGAUCCUCACUCACUCGGGCGUGGUGUUCACGAUGGACGGCCGGGUGUCGACGACGGUGGACGGCAACCGCACCACCAGCCGCCACUCGCUGCACAUCGACCGGCUGCGGACCAGCGACGCGGGCCGCUACGAGUGCCAGCUCAAUACCGAUCCCAAGAUGAGCUUGUUCUUUAACCUCACGGUGCUAGAUGAGCCGGUGCCAGAGACAGUGGUGACGCUGCAAGGUCCCCCGGUGGUGAGGGCCGCGCUCGGGGGCACCGUCACUCUCGAGUGCGAAGCUCGCUACGAGCCUCCGCCGCGGGAACUGCCUCUACCACCACUCGACAUUCACUGGCUGAAAGAUGACGAGAUUAUAGACCUACAGAGUCCUCGGGGCGGGGAGGGCGGCGGCGUGUGGCUGGACACGGAGCGGUGGGCGGCGCGCGCGGUGUCGCGGCUCACGCUGGCCGCGCUCGGGGCCCCCGCCGCCGGCCGGUACACGUGCCGCGCCGGGGGCCGCGCCGCCGGUCUCACGCUGCUGCUCGCAGAGGGAGACCUGGAGGCGAUGCAGCGUGACCAGGCGGCGGCGGUCCGCGCCAGCCCCGCGCCGCCGCCACGCCGGGCCCACCUCGCACUGGCGCUAGUACUCGUACCAGCCGCUGUCCCGGCGCUGCGCAUACUCAAUACCUAA